CACAUCUCACUCUUUUCUUUUGCUCUCAGGUCUUUUUUGUUUAACCAGAAUCUUUUGGAAGGUGCGUUUGCUAUGGCUUUGCUUCUUCUUCUUUUCCUCCUUUUAGAAGUUUCUCAAGCAACAGCAGGUGAAGAUCCAUACAUUGGUGUGAAUAUAGGGACAGACCUAUCAGACAUGCCACACCCAACACAAGUAGUUGCUCUUCUUAAAGCUCAGCAAAUCAGACAUGUUAGGCUCUACAAUGCCGACCAAGCCAUGCUUGUUGCUCUUGCCGACACCGGCAUUCGGGUCAUGGUCACCAUCCCCAACGAGCAGCUACUCGGCAUCGGCCAAUCGAAUUCGACCGCGGCUAAUUGGGUCACCCGGAACGUUGUAGCACAUUAUCCUGCAACCAACAUCACGGCAAUUUGUGUUGGUUCUGAAGUUUUGACUGCACUUCCGAAUGCUGGGCCUGUCCUGGUUAACGCCAUUAAGUUCGUUCACUCGGCCCUUGCGGCAUCUAAUUUGGAUAAGAGAAUCAAAGUUUCAUCGCCCCUUUCGUCCACCGUGAUCCUCGAUCCGUUCCCGCCUUCGCAGGCCUUCUUCAACCGGUCGUGGAAUCCGGUUUUGGUCCCUAUGCUCGAUUUCCUGCAGUCUACAGGCUCAUUUCUCAUGCUCAACAUGUAUCCUUACUAUGACUAUAUGCAAUCAAAUGGUGCCAUUCCGCUAGACUAUGCGCUUUUCAAGCCUCUUACACCGAAAAUGGAAGCCAUCGAUUCGAACACGCUUGUCCACUAUACAAAUGUCUUUGAUGCAACAGUUGAUGCCACAUACUUUGCCAUGGAUUUCCUAAACUUCACCAACAUUCCUGUUACAGUGACAGAAACGGGCUGGCCAUCGAAAGGUGAUUCGAAAGAGCCGGAUGCGACGAUGGAGAAUGCCAACACUUACAACAGCAACUUGAUCCGCCGCGUGAUGAACAAAACUGGAACUCCUAAGCACCCUGGCAUUGCUGUUAGUACUUACAUCUAUGAGCUCUAUAACGAGGACAUGAAACCAGGGCCAACCUCGGAGAAGAAUUGGGGAUUGUUCGAGGCGAAUGGUGACCCUGUUUAUAUAUUACGCUUGACGGGGUCGGGGUCGCUGCUAGCAAACGAUACUACUAACCAAACUUAUUGUACUGCAAAGGAUGGUGCUGAUCAGAAGAUGUUGCAGGCCGCACUAGAUUGGGCCUGUGGACCUGGCAAGGUGGAUUGCUCGCCGUUGUUGCAAGGAAAACCGUGUUACGAGCCCGAUAACGUGAUCGCACACGCAACGUAUGCAUUCAACACGUACUAUCACCGAAUGGGGAAGACUUCCGACGCAUGCGAUUUCAACGGUGUUGCGGAUAUUACAACGACAGAUCCAAGUCAUGGUUCUUGUACUUUUCCAGGCAGGAAUGGAACCAUGGUAAAUAUCACGACGCCAUCGAUGAAUUCUGUUAGUUCCGAUUCAUCCGGUCCCAGGUUUUACGACAGGGGAGGUUUCACUGGCAUUUUAGUGUUGAUCAAAGUCAUGCUAAGGAGUGCAAUUUUCUUGUGUGUAUUUUGAGAGUUAAGAGAGUCCCCCCCCCCCAGUUUUACGUAGUAGUGUUGGUGGCUUAUUGAAUUGUGUACAAAGUAAAAUGGAGAAACCGGAUUCGGGUUAUUUCGAAUUCGAAGUA